GAAAAAAGCGAGGUCAAAAUCUAGAGGAUUAAUAUUGUAUCACCGAAGCCGAAGCCUUGAUCAAAGGUCGAAAAUUAUAUGUUAAUAAGAUUUACACCUAAGUAUAUUUUAGAGAGGCAGUAUACAACAUGUGUUUUUCAUGGAUGCCUAUAGCAGUAUUGGUUGUAGCAGUAAUUGCUGGUUAUAUUUACUUCAACAAACCAUCAGAUAUCUACCUCAGCCGACCACUCAACUCAACAUAUGACUAUAUUGUUGUUGGAGCAGGUUCUGCAGGUGCAGUAGUAGCCAAUCGUCUGUCAGAAGACAAAGAUACUUCUGUCCUAUUGAUAGAAGCAGGUGGUUCAGAAUUAGGAAUUCUAGAGUUUGAAAUCCCAGCAGGGUUUAUUGCCCUCCAGAGGACUGAGAGUGAUUGGGAGUAUUAUACAGAACCUCAAAAGUAUGCUUCACAGAGCAUGAAAGAAAAGAGAUCAUACUGGCCAAGAGGACGAGUACUUGGUGGAACUAGUAACCUUAACAACAUGGUCUACAUCAGAGGUAGUCGCCAUGACUUUGAUCAUUGGGAAAAAGAAGGGUGUAAUGGAUGGAGUUAUAAAGAUGUUUUACCCUAUUUUAUAAAAGCAGAGGACUUUCAAAUGGAUGAAUAUGCCGAUUCAGGUUACCAUGGUAAAGGAGGCUACCAAACUGUAUCAGAAAGUCUAGUGACAGAGUUAAGAGACAUUUACAUGGCAGCAUCGGAAGAAGCAGGCUAUAAAACUGUUGACUGUAAUGGGGAGAAUAUGAUUGGAUUUUGUAAGAUGCAGUCAUCUAUUAGGAAUGGACAGAGGUGGAGUACAGCUAAGGCCUAUCUCAGACCUGUCAUGGAGAGAGAAAAUUUACACAUUAGUAUCAAUUCUAUCGUUACUAAGAUAAUAAUAGAGAAUAAAAAAGCUGUUGGUAUUGAAAUGAUUAAAGAUGGCAGGAAGAAAAGAAUCAUGGUGAAAAAGGAAGUAAUUGUAUCAGCAGGAAGUGUAAAUUCUCCUCAGUUACUGAUGCUUUCUGGGAUAGGUCCUAAACAACACUUAGAACAGUUUAAGAUCCCAGUGCAUGCUGACCUUCCUGUGGGAUCUAACUUACAAGAUCACAUGUUCUGUAGUUUACCUAUUUAUGCUAAUGUGUCAUAUGGUAUAGACAUUAUUAAAGCUACCAGUAUCAAAACACUCCUACAAUAUUUUCUCUUUGGAAAAGGUUAUUUGACUUCCUCAGCUUUAGAAGCCACUUUGUAUACACAUUCAUCCAAGGGAGAUAAAUCUUUCUAUCCAGACAUACAGCUGCAUUUUCUCAGUAUAUCAUUUGAUCCAAAUAUGGCGAAGAAAUAUAAUCCAAACAACAUGGAUGAUGAGUCGAUUGAGAAUAUGAUUAAUUCUAAUAUUGAUGCAUCAAUGGUGAUUAUGCCAACAUUGAUUCAUCCGAAAAGUCGUGGAGAAAUUCGUCUUAAAAGUACAGACCCAUUUGAUCACCCUGCUAUAGACCCUCACUAUCUAGAACAGAAGGAAGAUGUGAAUGUUUUGAUAGAAGGUAUCAGGGUUGCACAAAAGUUAGUCAAAACAAAAGUACUUGAGAAAUUUGGAGCAAAAGAAGUGAAUCUUAUUGCCCUGAAUCCUAAAUGUUCACAUAUAGAAUAUGAUUCUGAUGCAUUCUGGGAAUGUGGUAUACGUAAUGCAGCUCAAACUGUUUAUCAUCCAACAAGUACAUGUCGUAUGGGUGCUGCCAAUGAUCCUACUGCAGUAGUCGACUCUCAGCUUAGGGUGAAAGGAAUAGCAGGCCUUAGAGUGGUAGAUGCAUCUGUCAUGAGAAAUAUUCCAUCAGGCAAUACAAAUGCUCCAUCCAUCAUGAUUGGGGAGAAGGCAUCGGAUAUGAUCAGAGGAAAGGAUACAGUAGCAGAUAUUAGAGCAAAGACAAAGAAUUUAUAAUAGUUAAUUAUUUGUAUUGAUUACUUUUGAUAUGAAACAGAUGCAAACAUCAGAGGUCUCGGUCAUAAAGCUUUAGUCGGUACUCAUGAGUAUAAAAUUUGUGCUCGAAACAAUAAAUCCAGUAUUUUGAUUGGUUGAUUUUUGAGUCUGAGUAUCAUACUCAAAGGUUUUAUGACCACAAGGUCGUGACUGAAAAUUGAUAGAAUAGUAGUACAUGUACAUACAUGAGAAAAUCAUACAAAUGACAUUAGAUUAUACAUUAUAUCAUAAAAUUGUGUUUGCACUGUUUUAAUAGUCCAGGGGGAUAUCAGGUUAAUUAAGGAAUAACAGUACUGUAGUUGAAGAGUUGCCACCGUCAAUUGGUGAUUUGAUGGUCGCAAAUGCAGUUUUACUGGCGACGGCGGAAACUAUUCAACUAAAGUACUGUUAUUCUGAUUCUAAUGCAUUACAAAAAGAAAUAAUACAUUAGAGCCUGAAAAAAUGUAUAAAUUUGAAAUAAAAUAAAAUCCCACGAAACUUCAUGAAUGAUUUUGGCAUAAAGAUGUCAUGGCUAAACGUGACGUGACGUCAUACAAAUGAAAACUUACAAACUGAAGGUUAUUACGUUACCUCUACGAUUCAAAUUUAGAUAAAAUCACAUCAAAACUGUGAUUUUGAAGAGGUGUUGUUUUAUUUUUGAUAAUAUUGUAGUAAUCAAACAUUUGUUGAUCCAAGCAAUUCAAAAUAGCGGGUUCCUCCUUAGUUACGACACGUCAACUGUGGAUUUGAUGGUAACUUUUAGCCAAUGAAAAAAAUUGUUACAUAAAAAUUGCAUUGGAAUGAUCUAUUAUCACUUUACCUGUGUCACUUCCUCACAUAAUACUAUAAUGAUCAAGUUCAGACCAUUUACUUCAAGACUUUUGAGGAAAUGCUAUCUACAAUUUUGAUUACAAAAUUAAAAUACUUUUUUAUUCAUCAAAGUAGAAAACAGUGAAAUGUGAUGUUAUUUACUACGCAAAAUAUUAUGCAUAAGUGGAAGAGUCCCCCUUUCUUAACAAAUAUAAUAUUAUAUUGUACUAAUAUCAUUAUAAACAUGAAAUAAUGUUAUGUCGAAUUUCAAUUUUAAAGCAAAUUUUAGUCAUAUUAAAGCAAUUUUACAUGUAUGAAAUUAGAAAAACCAAUGAUUUACUGCCACUUGAUGGUCAGAAGAAAUUCUGUAUUGUAAAUGCAGAUUUAUUCAUAAUUUAUAAUCAAGUAAAAACUUCUAAUUUAUAUAUUUACUUUAUUAAUUUAAUUUUAUAAUUUUACAUGUUUGUUUAUGAUGCAUGUCCUGAUUGAAUCAGAUUUGGCAGAGCAUCAAUGAUGCAUGUCCUGAUUGAAUCAGAUUUGGCAGAGCAUCAAUGAUGCAUGUCCUGAUUGAAUCAGAUUUGGCAGAGCAUCAAUGAUGCAUGUCCUGAUUGAAUCAGAUUUGGAAGAGCAUCAUUGAUGCUUUGAUUUUUUUACUGUUGUAUUUUGAUUGUAUAAAGCACACUGUUGCCAUAUUAUGUUUAUUUUUUUAAGAGUAAUCUUUUUAAAUGUUGUCUAUUACUUUUUUAUGAUGAGUUUACAUUAUCAGGAUGAUUGGUUUUUAUGAUUUUGUUGUUGUCAUAAUUUGUUAUCAAUUUUUGUGGAGCCUGCAACAUUUUUCGCAUUAGAGACAUAACGAUCCUCAAUUGCAUAGUUGGCUUCUUCAGUUCAGUUUGAGGUUUAAGUUUUUUUAAACAUCAAUAACUUUGUCAAACCUUUAUGGAAUUUUAUGAUACUUGGACAAAAGCUUUUUUAUAAGAAAUCAGUAUCCAGAGCUAAAUUUGGAAAAUACUUUUUUUUCAUUUUUCCAUAUUUUACUGAAUUUUUAGCAGUUUAAAUAUAGAUACUGUCUUGGGUAAAAGUUUUUAUAACAUUAAUAACUUUUUACACCUUUAGCGAAUUUUGCAAACAAACCUUUGGCAGAAGAUGUUUUAAGAUUAAGAGAUAAUAUGUAAAGCAAAAUUUUUAAAAUAUAUUUUUUAAUUUUUCCAUUUUUUACUGAUAAAUGGACUUAGUUUUGAUUUGCAGUUAACAUUAAGAUAUAGUCUAAGGUUAAAGUUUUUCAGAUUUUAAUAACUUUGUCAAUCCUUCAUGGUAUUUAAAAAUAUAUAUACAGUAUUUUUCCAUAUUUUACUGAUAACAUUACUUUGUAUUUUCUGCAGUUUAAGAUACUGUAUGGAUUUUAAUUGUGUUUUACAUCGAUUACUUUGACACCUUCAUCAAACUUAGGAAAAAGCUUUAGUUACCAUUCAGAAUAAAGUCUGAAGCAAAACUUUAAAAUAUAUUUUUCAUUUUCCUGUAUUGUACUGACAGUUGUUUAAUUUGCAUUUAACAUUUACAUACAAUCUGGGAUUAAAUUAUUUAGACGUCACUAACUUUCAUGCAAUAUUUAUGUUACUUGCACAGAAGCGUUUCAAGAUCUAGAAAUAGCAUCUAAAGAACAAUAGUAGUAUUUUACUGAUAAAUAGACUUUUAGCAGUCAGCAUGACACUUUUACACAGACAGCAGCAAUCGCAGGCGAUACAGUGUUCCACAGUAUUCAUAUUGGGAUGAAUAAACAUUACCUAAGACAGGGUCACUAAGAUAGGAAUGACUGUAUUGUUUGGAUGUUAUCCCCAGAUGACAAAAUGAUCAAUAGUCUUUUUAUUUUAGGUUAAAAAUACUCCAUUGAUUGAUGAUCAUUGAUUUGAUAAACACCUAAAUACAGAAAAGAUAGUGCAGUCAAACCUGGUUAAGAGACAACCUGUAUUAAGCAAAAACCUGGGUAAUAAGACCAUCAAUUUUAGAUCCCUCUGCAGUGCAUUUCAUAUAGAUUGAACCUGUAUUAAAAGACCAUCUGUCUUAUGAGACCACUUUUUUGCUCUCCUUUAAGUGAAAAAUUAAAACAGGUUUCAUUGUACAGAUGUACUUUUAUUUAGAUGAGAUAUCUCCUGGUAUCUUAUCACUGGAUGUUAAGCAACCAACAAUCAAUCAAUGUCCUGGUAUCUUACCACUGGACGUUAAGCAACCAACAAUCAAUCAAUGUCCUUGUUUCUUACCACUGGACGUUAAGCAACCAACAAUCAAUCAAUUUCCUGGUAUCUUACCACUGGACGUUAAGCAACCAACAAUCAAUCAAUGUAUUUGUAUCUUACCACUUGACGUUAAGCAACCAACAAUCAAUCAAUGUCCUGGUAUCUUACCACUGGACAUUAAACAACCAACAAUCAAUCAAUGUUCUGGUAUCUUACCACUGGACAUUAAGCAACCAACAAUCAAUCAAUGUCCUUGUUUCUUACCACUGGACAUUAAGCAACCAACAAUCAAUCAAUCAAUCUUCUGGUAUCUUAUACUUUAGAAAAUGAAGUCAGUUAUCCUCAAAACAUAAAGCAAUUAUAUUUUUUAUGUUGAAAAAGAAAAACAAUAAGCGAAAAGAUAUGUGAAGCUAAUUGUUUUUUUAUAUGUUAUGUUUGUCAACCUUCACUCAGGAUUAUUAAAAAUGAACUAAUUUUUUUCUUAGUACAUAAUUUAUAUUGAAUCAUUGUUAUAUGGUUGUCUUGUCUUUUUUUUAUUUUCUCAGAAUAAUUUAAUUAAUUCAAUGAACAUUCAGUGGAAAAAUUAAUUCCAUGCACAAGAAUUUAUCAAACAUUUCAAUUUAUGGUUAAUUAACCCAUCCAUGAGAGCCUCUUAAUAGACUGUGAUAUGAGUAUUUUUUAAUGAAGUUUUUUUUACCCUGUAUAGGUAAAUGUUUCUAAUAGUUCAGGUUUGAUACAUGUUUGUGAUUUAUUAAUUUUUUUUAGAAUAUGCUCAAACAUUUAAAGGUUUUUAUCAAGAAAUAGAAUAAAAUAUUGUUUCAGAUAUAAAAAUAAUGGAAAUACUGUGGAUUCAUUAUUAUUUGUAGGAUACUAAUUUUCUUCGAUUUCGUGGGUACAGGUGAACAAUGAAUUUCAACGUUCGACGAAGUACAAAUUGUUUAUAGGCUUGUAUGCAGACUUUGGCAAAACAACGAAAUCAAAUAUCCAUGAAAACAUAUUUUUUCCUCAAUCCACGGAAAUUGGUAUGCACGAAAAAUAAAUGAAUUCACAGUACAGUGAAAUCUUGAUAAAAAAAAUAUGUGGUUUGCUUCUUGGAAGUUGACAUGUCUUUCUGCACACUAUUAACCCCAAGCUAGAUAAUUAAAAAUUAAACUUAGUACAGGAAAAAUAAAGUUUUAAUAACCAAUUUAAGCAACUAAUAUGAAAUCACUGUAACUACACAAAAAAAAUAACCAGAUUAGUAGAAAAUGUAUAUUUUUCAUUGAUAAAAUGUUGUAAUACAUUAUAUUCUUCCUUCAAACUAAUUCAAAUGUUCUUAUUUUUGUUCUCGGCCAGAACUUGACUAUUGCUUUGCAUGUACUUGAUUACCUACCUUUAAUGAAACUGAAAUCCCUUCUAUAUAUAUUUGUUUUCACUAUAUUUAAAGACUUAUGUAGAAUUAACAUAUUUUUUUGUCUUUUAUAGGAUAUAUAAUGUUGUAACCUGUAAUUGUCAUUGUAUGUACAGAUCAUCAAUUUUAAAUCAAAUGUCAUUCAAUUUUUUUGAAUAUGUUAGUUUUUUUAAAAAUCAGUCAAUAGUAAAGGUCAAAUUGACAUGCAUAAGCACACUUAUAUUCAGGUUUCAUUUAGUUCUUACAUUUUUAAAUACAAAUUGAUAUAAACAUGAAUAUGAUUUAGUAAAAAAAUUACUAAAAACUCAAAAAGAGACAUACAUUGUUGCACUAGCUAACCUAAUGUAAUAUCCUUAAUUGUAUGCUUAGUAUAGAAUACAAGUCAAUUUUAUACUCAAUACCAUUGUUAUGUAUCAGUUGUCUCUGAUGAUAUCAAAAUAAGUCACUGUUACACAGGCUACUGAAAAACAUCUAUUCAGAUAAAUAAUAAAGUUUUCCCUGGUACAACGUGUACAUGAUAUUACUUUUUCAAUAUCACACACACUAUCAACCCUCAACCAAAUACCUAGAGCAGAGCUCAAAGAGAUUAAUUUGGUGUCUCAGGUUGAUAUGGGCAUUAUAUUAAAAGAAUCAUAUAAUUUUCUCAAUUUUUCAACAUUUAAUCUGAAAAAAAAUUCACCAUUGUACAUGUACCUCAGAGCAAUGUCAUAUAUUUGGAGGGAUUUUACUCCCAUUUAACAGAGAAUUAUGCUCAUAAGCCAGAUUUUACCUCAUUACGUGUUUCACAUUCUGUAUACAACAUCAUGUUGAACAACUGUUGAUUUAUCUAAAUAUGUGACAAAGAGUACAACACCUUACAAGUUUAUAUCAGUUUCAUUCAAUACAUGGUACCACUCCCAGAGCAUUAAGUGGAAUUUUUUGGAGUGUGUACACUCAAGAUCUAUGACAGAGGUGAUCAAUGAUUUGUAACAGAUUGUGUCUAUGUGUGAAGAUACUCAUGGUGAAGAGGUAACUGUUUUGUGUUUAAAAUGAAAAAGUGCUUUUAUGUAUUUAUUUAGCUUUUUUACAUAUUUAUUGAAAACUAUUUCCAAAUUUUUUUAUAAGCGGAGCUAUCUUUAUAUGAAAAUAAAGUCUUAGAAAGUG